GAAGGUUGCGAUUUAUAAAUAUUAAUCAAAUGUAUUGUGGGGCGGAGUAAACAAGAAACGCUUGCUUGGCCUAAUUAAUAUUAAUAAAUUUAUUAAUAUUAAUAACCACUGGCUUCGCCAUAGCGGCGCCUAUUCGCAUUUAGCACGGGGUUAUGUUAGCGUUGUUUCGGCAAAAAGGAUAAGAAAUCCUCAGUAGCUGUAAAUGUAAUACGCAGUCACAUUUAAACCGCCCCUCACGCCGUACCUCGAUCUAAACAUUUUUAAGGGCUUUUUUGGAAGCUGGUGUGUAGUAAUGCUGCCUCCCAAAAACUGCAUCCCCAGGAACUACAGCUGUAUCGCCGGUCUGUUCGGGAGCUUAGCAGCAUCCGAGCAGAAGCUUGAGGACGGAGACAUGGAAGGAAAUGAAACGAAUAAAGACUGCGAAAUGCUGGAAAUCAGUGUAGUGUAUGAGAAACCAAGAGGAAGGGAGGCGUUCCUGAGACCCCCGCACAGCCCGACACAGCGUCGCAGGUGUAAAUCUCUUCCCACCUCGGCUGAAAGAGCCAAGCUUGAGAUCGCGCGAAGCCGGAGCCCAAGCAGUCAGAAAAAAGUCAGAUUUGCCGACUCUUUGGGCCUGGACCUGAUUUCCAUCAAACACUUUGACGAUACGGAUGUGCCCGAGGUACCCGAGCGUAUCGUUGAUAAAUUCAGAAAAGCCAGAGCUCUUCACUUAAACAACUUCGACAAGUCGAGCACGUCGAGCCAGUCUGUGUUCAUGGAGCUGCUCUUCACCAGUCCAGGUUCGCUGCCAGACUUCCUGAACAGAGUUAAAGAUGAAAAGGUUUUAUUGGAAUCUGUUCAAGUGGACGAGUUCAGUCUCGCAGGAAUCGUGCGGGUUCUUAACUUGGCUUUCGAGAAAAAUAUCUGUUUGAGGUACACCUUAAAUAACUGGACGUCAUUUAUGGAUGUUCUCGCGUUUUACGUGCCACAUUCAAGCGACGGACUGACGGACAAGUUUAGUUUUAAAAUUAUCACUCCUAACUUUAUGGAGUGUGGAGGAACCCUGCAGUUUGCCAUCAGGUACUUUGUCUGCGGAGGUGAAUUUUGGGAUAACAACAAUGGAAGUAAUUACAAAGUGAAACGUCACAGGUUUAAAAUCUCUCCUCUGAGGGAGUGGGAAAACGGCUGGAUCCAUUUCAUAUAGAGCACACAUUGGCUCUGUGCACAUUUCAGAUUUACAAACAAAUGGCCCACUGAAGGUAACUGUAGGCUACUGUCGUUCACACCAACGGAUGAUAACGUUUUAAUAAUGUUUCAACUCUGCGCUACAGUUUCACUUAAAUACGUGAGCCCCUUUAAUUCCAAUGGAUCUUAAUUGUAUAUAUUAUCGUUCGUCAGACAGCAAAAAUGCUCUAAAAGUGAUUCCAACGAAAUUGUUCCUCUGUAUCGUUAUAUUCAUUGUGGUUUGAACUCCUGAGCAGAGUGAUUUACAUUUGUGUAACAUUUGCAUUUAACAAACCACUAUAAAGUUAACUUCGGUAGACAUUUCUGGUUUUCUCUUGUUUGUGAAAGUCAACCGCUAGUUCCGCCUUCUCGAUGACAGCACACACACACAUCAUAAUAGAUGAACCAGACUGAAAAAUUGUGUAGUCUGAACUGGCCAAUAAUGUUACCUGAUAACGUGCACUUUUUACAUGGCUUUCUAAAAACACACACUUAACGUGGAAUAAUGCAUGAAGACAAUGACAUGUACAGUAAAGACCAAAUUCAGCACACACCUUAUUAAUACUACUAUACUAUGUACAAGCAAGCAGAAGAGCCCGAAAUAUAAAUGCCAUAAGCAGAGUUACAGCUCAUUUUAGGUGAGGGAAACACUUGGAGUACCCUUUCGAGUUUCACAUUUAUAUUCUGUUUUCUUCUGCUUGCCUGCUUUAAGAAGAUGUCCUGAUCUUUCAGGGGAAAUGUUGCCACAAAUGUGCAAAUGGAGCAGUUAGCUAUAUCUUUCUCAUUUAUUGUCAGGCAUAAUAAAUAAAGUCAGCUAGUUAACCAUAAAUAUAACCACUAAAUUGUAUUGUUAGACACAUUUGCAUCUGCAAAAUUAUGAUGGAUUUUGGUGAGCGAAUGGUCAUCCAAACAAGAGCCCUUAAAUCCAUUAAUCAACCUGAGCAGUCAUUUACAUUUGUGUAACAAACAGAUGCAUUUUAAGCAACCACCAUAAACUGUAGUUGGUAUUAAUUAAUUAUGCUGGGUUGUUUCAACCCAACUUUGUCAAAUUGGACAUUUGUAAAGUUAAAUUAUCAGAUUGCUUAUGUAUUAUAGCUGAGGUCUCUAUUACUACUAUUACUAUUGUUAUUAGAGUGUCACUACAUUAAAAUAAAAAUGUUACAUUGAAUAAAGUAUUUUGUUAAGGCUUAGAUUAGAUGUUCCGCUCAAGAAACCCCCAAGGGUUUUCAUGCAACCGGGCACAGGUUUUUAGGUCUUCAGCAGCACCUGAGUAUAUUUAUUAAUGAAUGAUAAAUUAUUGUAACUGUGAACACUUAAGGUACUGUAUGCAUAGAGCCCCUUUUCUUUGAAAAUUAUAUAUAAUAGGGUAUUGACUGCUAAACAAAUGCAUUGUCUAGGUGGUGGGCAGAGUUAAAAGGGAGUUGAAAUACAUUGAAAGGUAUUCAGUUGAGAGCCUAGCUAUUUAAGCCACUCAUUAUAAUCAUUUAGUUGUUAGAAAGCAAUUUGAUGUUUGUGAUGUUUAUUUUGUUUGUAAGAAAUAUAGUGUCAGUCAAAUGUAUUUGUCUGUAAAAGGUAUUUACUUUAUUCUAUGCAAGACCUGUUUGUAAUGUUCACCUUGAGUCUAUCAGUAUUGUUUCACUUUUACACAGUUUGCAUGUAUGUGUAGCACUCCUUUGGUUUUAUUUAUAUUGUAAAUGUCCAUUGUUUCAUACUUUGUUAAGCGUAUUUAAUGUAGAAAUACUACUGUACGAUACCUCACACAGUAAUACAUUCUCCAAAUUUCAAGUUAUGUUAAUAAAGUACUAUUGUG